AUGUCAUUGGCUGACAAAAAAGUUCAUGUUAGUCGUUUGAUGUCAUCUAAUCAACAAAUCGACGUUGAUGGAGCACGUCAAUUGACGGAUAUAUUUAUUAAUAAUUUCGGUGAUCAAUUAGAUGAAGAAAAAUUACGUGAAAUUUUAUCAAAACAUGGAAAAGUUUUAAGUUGUAAAAUUGAAUAUGAUGAAAAUGGACAUUCAAAAGGUUUUGGUUUUUGUAGUUUUGAAAAUCCAAAAGAAGCUGAAGAAGCUGUUCAAAAUUUAAAUGGAUAUUCAAUUGGGGAUAAACAACGUUGGGUUGGCCGUUUUCAAACGAAAAGUGAACAAUUAUCGAACAUAACGCGUAAAAAAGAUUUACAACGACAGGAACAAUUUUCAAAAUUUGGAACAAUAACUAGUGCUAAAGUUAUGGCAGAAAAUGGUCGAUCAAAAGGUUUUGGUUUCGUUUCUUUUAGUACAACGGAUGAAGCAGCAAAAGCUAUUACUGAAAUGAAUGGUUCUUUUGUCGGUUCUAAACCACUUUAUGUUGCAUUAGCUCAAAGAAAAAAAGAACGUCGUAUGCAUUUAACUAAUCAUCAUAUGCAAUAUAUUGCAACAGCACAUGUAUCACCACAAAUGCAAUUACCAUUUCCAAAUGGAAUGUGUCUUAUGAUGCCAUACUUAUUAACACCAAUGGAUCCACCACAACCAUGUAACUUCUCUCCAUCAGCAUCAAUGCCAACUUAUCAACUACUACAACCAUGUUGGUCAUCAUCUCCUGUAACUGCCGAUGCUAUGAGACCACAAACAAGUACUCAAAUGAUUGAUAUACGAAUCUCACCAUCAGCUAUGACUGAUGUUGCAUCUCGAUCAACAAUGCCAAUGGGAACUCAACCAACAUCAAAAUCAGAACAAAUGAUGCCUAACACUUCUGUUCGACCACUCGUUGGAGUACAAUCACAACAAGCAACAGCUUAUACUCGCACAGCACGAAAUAUGCCACCUAAUAAUCCAACUGGAUUUUCAGAUUCAAUUGUUGUUGCUGAACAAGAACCAUUAACAUUAGCUGCUCUUGCUAAUGCAACACCAUUAGAGCAAAAACAAAUGUUAGGUGAACGUUUACUUCCAUUGAUUCAACAAAUUCAACUAGAAUUAGUUGGUAAAAUAACUGGUAUGCUUCUUGAAAUUGAUAAUACUGAACUUCUUCAUAUGCUCGAAUCAAGUGAAUUACUUAAAGCUGAAGUUGAACAAGCUAUUGCCAUACUUCAAACAUAUCAAGCCAAACAAGCAGCAACUAAUUCAGCUGCUCAAAAAAAUCAAAUAUCAUCAUUUAAAAAAAUAAAAAUACAACAAAAUCCAAGCAAAUGCAUUGGCACAUAUACAGACACAUAG